AUAUUUGCCCUACGUCCUGAUGAGUCUGAUUAUUCCAAAUCGAUAGCCAGCUAGCAGGAUAAUACUUAGUACUAGUUCAUUUCUAUAAUUACCUUGCAGUUUGAUUGAUUAUCUUUAAUCACCAGUAGUUAAACUCUUCCAUGUGCAUGGGAGAUAUUUUUACCAACUGGCAUAGAAUAUGUCUGAUGCCGUGAAAGACUGGCGGCAGUCGGCAGACUUAUGACCAGGGACACCGUGCUGCUGCUAUGUGACAUGCAGGAGAAGUUCAGGACUAACAUUGUGCAUUUUGGCAGCAUUGUGAGCAAUGCAGCCCGUCUCUUACAGGCAUCUCAAAUCCUGGGCAUCCCAGGCAUCCUUACAGAGCAGUACCCCAAGGGACUGGGACCCACCGUGCCCGAGCUGGGGGCAGCAGACCUGACAGCUCAUUCCAAAACCCAAUUCUCCAUGAUCACCGAAGAGGUUAUAAAGGAAUUGAAGACCCUCGGAUCUCCCAAAAAGGCCAUCCUGUGUGGGAUUGAGGCUCAGGCCUGCAUUGCAUGCACAACCUUUGACUUGUUAGAACGAGGCAUGGAGGUUCACAUCGUGGCAGAUGCUGUUUCCUCUAGAAGUCAGACAGACCGGCUGUUUGCCCUGUCCCGCCUGAAGCAGAGUGGGGCAUACCUCACCACCACCGAAGGGGUCAUCCUGCAGCUUGUGCAGGAUGCCAGACACCCCAAUUUCAAAGAGAUCCAGAAGCUUCUGACACACCCCUCUCCCGAUACCGGCCUCCUGGCUUUCUUCAGUUCUUUAUAGAGAGGAGGGAAAGCAAAAGUGGAUACAGGAUCCCAACAGUCACGUCCCAGAGAUGCUUAUGAAGGAAACUUCCAUUCAAUAUUAAAAUUGUAAAGCCUUUAUGAAUAAAUAAAAUGUUAACUGUU